AUGAUGGCGACAAUUCCACUUUCUCCUCUACCGUUGUUGCCUCUACUUUCUGUUUUUCCAGAUGUGAUCGGGAAAUCGAAGCUGUUGGAUAAGGUUGAAGAUCAAGAUUCCAACGUUGAUGAGCUGUUGGUGGUGAUUGGUUACAAAAUUAAGUCGUGUGAUAUGGCUGAUAUUGCACAAAAGAUCAAGCAUCUGGAGGGUGUUUUGGAGAACGAUGAUGGGUUGUCCCAGCUUGCUUCUAAUUCUAUUCAUUAUAACCAUUCACAUCUUAAAUCAAUGAUUUGUGAGUUGAACCCCACAAAUCGACCAUCUGUUAUCGAUGAUUCGUUUGUGAACAACACCGCCUCUGUAACUCGGUCGGUUGUGGACUCAUCUUCUGUCUUCGUUGACAAUCUAUAG